UUGAACAUUUCAUUCAACUUGAGAAGUGUUAAUUUCGCAUGUUUUAAAUUGAUUGCAAACUAGAUAGUUAUCAUUGUUUGUUUUUGUUAAUGAGUAUGUCAAGUGUAUUCCUAUUAAUACUUCGAAUUGAGGAUAAUGUGAUUGCUUCAAUGGAUUUGGAAUAACAAAUUAUAAAGUGAAACAUGUGGAAUGCAAUACCUCCCUCGAGCCAAGAUGAACCCAUGCCCCCGUCGAGAUCUAAGCAUAGUGCUACCCUAUUGGGAGGACAUCUCUACCUGCUGGGAGGCAGAAAUGGAAAUCUACCUUUGAAAGAUCUGUGGAGAUACAGUUUUGCUGACGGCAAAUGGCUCCAGCUGAAACCAGCUGGAGACAGUCCCCCCUGCCUGCAGGAGCAUACAGCUGUCAGUCACAAGGACGCCCUCUAUGUGUUCGGGGGUGAAGUUGGAUUUUCAGCUGGCAAUGAAACACCUCUAUGGGUCUACCAUGUCAAGACAAACAGUUGGAGAAAAAUCAGGACCCAAAAAGGUUCAGCUAGCCCCAGGGGAAGGAGGGGACACACGGCCCUAUCCCACAAAGGGGUUAUGCUCCUCUAUGGGGGUUACAGGGACCUUAGAGGAUCAUCCAAUGAGCUAUGGGCUUUUCAUUUUGAAUCAGAAAGUUGGCAUCUUUUAUCGGCGGGUAGAAACGGACCCCCUGCCCGUCAUAAACACUCAGCCAUAGUUCAUGACGAUGGAAUGUGGAUUUAUGGAGGGAUGACCGACCUUCAUGAGAGGGCUGACUUAUGGAGGUUUGAUACUGUUUCCAGAACCUGGGCCGCGGUUAAAACCAAACUCAACCCGGGUUCACUGCACAGUCAUGCUGUGUGUAAACUUCCGAGUUCCAUGCUGCUAUUUGGGGGAGAGAGAGACGGUCAACCGACCAACGAACUCUGGAGAUUUCAUUUUGGAACAGAGACCUGGGAACGUAUCACUACCCAAGGCAUCAAACCUCAACCCAGGUCUGAAAGUGUAGCACUCAAUUCCGACCUUCUCUUCCAAGACAACUCCCACCGGUCCUCGCCGCCUAUAGCGAGGAGGCUCCGCACAGGAGGCUCCAUGGAUCGCUCUUGCAACGCAACGAUGGAGCGUUGCAAGCAACGCUGGUCGGGAGGCAACAGUUUCGAUGGUUGCACUCCCUCCCGCCGUCAAGCUGGUACCCCGGGUACAAACUCCUCCAACUUGAGCAUUCUAAAAGAGAUAUCCAAACUUUCCCAGAUGAAUUUAUCAAGGUUGGGGAGCACCAACAAAUGUAACUACUCUGUACUGAGCAGUACAGAAAGUAUUGCAUCAGAUUCCUCAACGGGAUGUUGUAGUGAAAUGGUGAAGUCCCAGAGCUCUAACAUCAUCACCAAAUCUUCCAACACACCUUGCAUCCCGGGAACCUUCACCACCCCAUCAUUCCUCCCCAGGGAUCCUGUUUCCGUCCCAAACUUCAGUCUACUCUCAUCAUGUUCCUUGACCCCUGUAGAGGUCACCAAACUGGUUUACCUGGACAAUGAAGAAGCCCCAAUCCCGGGACCCCGCAAGGACACGGGAGACACGUUCCAAACUAUCCACAACCAGUUCCAACCGGUUCGGAAUGCAGGGGCGAGUAAUACUAGAAAAUUCCCCAAGUCAGCAUCGGUGAGGUUUGGGAACCCCUAUGUGACUCCCGAGGAGCCUUCAGACGAGACCAGUGAUUAUGCCAGUAUGGAAACCAUGAACAAGGCUCCAAACUGUGGGAACAGUGAUGGACAAACUAAGACAUCAAGUUUCACGUUGAAUGGUCAGGAACAAAUGAAAACUUCUAGUUUCAUCCUGAAUGGCCAGGAGAAAUUUUCCUCAAGUUGUGCCAUUACUACAAAUGGUCAGGAGAAGUUUUCUUCAAGCUGUGCAAUGACAAAUGGCCAAGAAAAGACUGCAAAUGAUCAGGAAACAUCUGGAAAACCUUUUGCUGCAUCAGACCGGAUGUUGACAAGUGAUACCAAUUUUGGAGGAACUGGAAUGGAACUGAAGUCCUCAAGCUACACUCUCAAUGGUGGUCAAGAAUCUUCAAAGUUUGGACAAGAACCAGCAAAGUUCUGCCAGGGGAAGUCUGGAAACAACAGCAGAUCUUCCAAAGAACCCCCGCUAAGUUUCGCAAACCCCAACUACAUGGCACCUGAUCUGAAGAUGAUACUGUCAAAGAAAGAUUACGUAAAAGUUUUAAACAGUCCCCCAGAUAGUUUGUUGGAGGACGCUUUGGGCAGAAGUAACAGUCGCCAAGAGAUGGUUGAGAUGAAGCCAGUGCCACCUAAAUCGUUGCCACUGAAGGGUGGUGGCUACAACUAUAAUCACCAGAUGGCAGUGGAGAAGCAAAGGAAGAAGUGUAGGGCAAGUAGCGCCGGAAGAGCUGAGCGGGAGAAGGUUGCGAUGACGUCAUUUUGCGUGUUUCUGAUUGGUGGAAAGGAGCAUGGUCAGGUGACUGUGUUCAAGAGACCGUUGUCGGUGUGGAGGCUGGUGUUGAGCAGUGAGAUUUAUUAGUGAGGAGGGUGGAUCAGUUCGUCAAGGCCUCAGUUCGUCUAGUACCCAUUAAUUCUUGAUUUAUUAGGAAGUGUGGAAAAUUCAGAUGAAGAAUGCAUUUUUCAAGAGAUUCCUGCCAAAUUUUAGUUGAUCGUGGAAGUUUUUUUGAAGGUUAUUGAUGAGGGGGUUUCAUCAGUUCGUCAAGAACCCAUUUUGAUCAUUUCUUGAUUUAUUAGGAAGUGGGGAAAAUUUAGAUAAAGGAUGCGUUUUUGAAGAGACUCCUGCCAAAUUUCAGUUGAUCGUGGAAGUUUUUUUGAAGGUUAUU